AUGGCCAUUUUGAUUAUCGGUGGUAAAAUUCGUUGCAGCGCAAUUAUAGUGAAGAAUAAGUUGAACACGAAACUAUGCCCAAAAACAAGUGAGAAUUUCCGACGUUUAUGCACUGGAGAGAAGGGAUACGGCUACAAGGGAUGUCAAUGGUAUAGAAUAGUUCCUGGAUUCUGCGCUUGUUCCGGCGACUUCGAAACACAGAACCAGGAUCGCAAAGGCGGUCACAGCACUUUCGACACUAAAUACUUUGAUGAUGAGAACUAUGACAUCAGUCACAAUAAAAAGGGUAUUCUUUCCAUGGACAAUUUCGGUUGGGCCAAUACGAAUUCUAGUCGAUUCUUCGUUACUUUCACCGAUACUCCAUGCUGUGAUGCUUAA